AUGGCUGAAACAAGAAGAAGAUCAAGGAAAGCCCUCAAGAUAUGCUGCGGAGUUUCGGCAAUAGUAAUAACUAUCAUCCUAGUUGUUUUUAUUACAUUGGCUUUCACCGUCUUCAAGCCUAAAAACCCCUUGAUAAUCCCUCAAUCUGCUAGGCUACAAAACGUUCAGUUCCAAAUGUUCCCAUCUCUAACCCUAAAUGCGACUCUAGGGCUAAACGUGACGGUUCAGAACAAGAACUACGGAGGAUUCCAGUUUGAUAACACGACGACGUAUGUCGAUUAUCGAGGAAUCGGAGUUGCGGAAGUUCCUUUGGAAAGAGGAAGUGUUCCUGCAAGAGGGGAGCUUGAGAUUUACAGCGUUGCGAACAUUUCAGCUGACAAAUUGCUUUUGAGUCCUUAUUUCUGGGAUGAUUUUGGCUCCGGAGGAUUUAAUUUUACGUCCACGACGAAUUUCCAGGGCAAAGCUAAUUUCCUCAAGGUGUUUAAGUUGAAGGCAAAGGUGUUUGCUACUUGUCACAUCUCUGUUCAAAUUUUGUCUCAACAUAUUCAGGUUAAUUGUACUUCAAAGCUUAAGUUGUAA